ACAAUCAAAAAUACUUAACGGGGAAACUUGGAUGACUUGCCUUCUUGGAUAGUUUCAGCAUUGCCAAGAGUUACAACAUUGAAUGGGAAAUAACUUAACCCACCUGUGCUGAAAGGGGAUUUGGUCAUCAGCUGUGGAGAUGAGAUUUAGUGGAUCAUCAUUUGCCAUGAAGCGAAGUCUGAUAUUGGUACCAAGGCGGCAGUACGUCCAACAGCCGUAUUUCGGUUGCGAAUAUAUGCAGUCUAAGAGUACUUUAAUGUGAGUUGCAUAUUUAAAAAUAUUUCUAAGUUACCCUGGAUACUCUGACAACAGUCUAAGGCGUCUUCAAAAACAUGUGCCGAAAGUCCAGCUAGCUAUCUACUAUACAAGUCAUACCGGUUGUGCGGAGCUGCAAUGUGAAGCUAACUUCCCUGUGCUGAGGUGUCGUGAUUCAGGAGCUGUUGUAGUCCUGGUGACGGAGAGCUGCACUCACCUCACCUACACCGGCCCUGCCAGAAACCCCUCCAUAAUAACACCGUCCAGGGAUGGUUUUUAUGUGACUACUGGUAUUUUACAGCAACUGUGGCAGCUUACAGGGCUGGAAAAAUGCAUCAUCAUCGGAGCUACACACCCGUGUCUUGGCCUAUAAAUAUUCUCUGAGAAGAAGCAACUGCAGUGAUCUUGUAGUAAAGGUGUCAGCAACACUCAAGGAAACUACAAAUCCCUGUUGUAGGAGAAUUGUGAUGUUGCAGAUGAAGUAAUUCCUCAGGACAGCACAGCAACAGUAGUGCUUCAUAGGGGUGUAUUUUAGGGAUUUUACGGCUGGAUGACAGUGGCAGUGGCUGAGCAUCCCAGGCAAGAAACAGAUGUGACUGGAAAUAUGGAUGUUCUACUUUAAUUACUUCCUCACACCCUCAAAGAUAAAGAUAGGUUAACUGUGCGACUGCAAGAUCAACAGUAGUCAUGCACAGUCCUGCUCCUGAAAUCAUGGCAGGGUACCCGAGUGGAUGUGUGGCGGAUAAAGAUGCAAAUCCGGAGACAACCUUGGGAAGUGCCUACUCUCCAGUGGACUACAUGAGCAUCACCAGCUUCCCCAGGCUGCCAGAGGACGAUACGAUGUCCGGGGAAAACACCCUCAAAUCCCGUAAAGACGAUGACAACGUCCUAAGUGAGCAAGAUACAGACCCAGAUCUGUUUCUGAAGUCAGCUCGCCUCCAACGUCUCCCUUCCUCUGCCUCUGACCUGGCCAGCCAUGACAUUGCGCCCCUGCAGGAGACCAGCAGAGACCCCUUUACGGACGAAUGUGCUUGCCAGCGAGAUGGACUGACAGUCAUCAUCACUGCCUGUCUUACCUUUGCCACAGGAGUUACUGUAGCUCUCAUCAUGCAGAUCUACUUUGGAGACCCACAGGUUUUUAACCAGGGAGCGGUGGUGACAGAUGUGGCUCAGUGCACAUCUCUAGGCUUUGACGUUCUGGGGAAGCAGGGGUCCAGUGUCGAUGCUGCCAUCACCGCUGCCCUCUGUUUGGGAAUCGUCCACCCUCACACUUCUGGUAUAGGAGGUGGUGGAGUUAUGUUGGUGCACGACAUCCGUAAGAAUGAGACGAGGGUCAUCGAUUUCAGAGAGACGGCCCCAUCUGCUAUCCACGAGGAGAUGUUGCAGACAAACCUUGAUCAUAUUCCUGGUCUGCUGGUAGGAGUACCAGGCAUGCUCAGUGGGAUGCAUCAGGCACACCAGCUCUAUGGCAGGAUGCCGUGGAAGGAUGUGGUUACCAUGGCAGCUGAUGUGGCCAGAAAUGGAUUUAAUGUUACCUCUGACUUGGCUGAAGCUCUCUCUAAAGUUGUACAUCAAAACAUCUCUGAUGCAUUUCGGGACUUGUUCCUUCCCAAUGGCCAGGCUGCCCGCUCUGGAUUGUUCACCAGGCGGCUUGAUUUGGCAUCCAUAUUGGAUGCUGUUGCAGAUAAAGGCAUAUCAGAGUUCUACAGUGGAAACCUGACUCAGGAGAUGGCAGCUGCAGUGCAAGAAAAAGGCGGAGUGCUGACAGAUGAUGACUUUGGAAACUACAGCACAGUCUUACGACAGCCAGCAGAGAUCACCUAUCAGGGACAUCAUGUGAUGUCGGCCCCGGCCCCACACGCAGGUGUUGCCUUGAUCACUGCGCUCAACAUCCUGGAAGGCUACAAUAUCACCAGCCAGGUUCCCAGGAACAGCACCUACCACUGGAUUGCAGAGUCUUUGAAGAUAGCUUUGGGCCUGGCUAGUGGGCUUGGAGACCCUAUGUACGACUCUUCUGUCUCAGAGAUUGUCGCCAAAAUGCAGAGCAAAUCACAGGCGUCCCUGUUCCGCCAGAAGAUCAAUGACUCUCAGGCGUUCCCUGUCAGCCAUUACACUCAGUCAUUUACCCUGGAGGAGGGUGCAACAGCUGCCCAGGUCAUGGUCAUGGGCCCAGACGAUCACAUUGUGUCUGUCAUGAGCUCCUUAAACAAACCAUUUGGCAGCAGGAUAGUGACUCCUUCAGGAAUCCUUUUGAACAGCCAGAUCCUGGACUUCUCCUGGCCUAAUAAAACACAGGGUUCAUCACCUAACCCACACAACAACCUCCAGCCUGGGAAGAGGCCCAUGUCCUUUUUGAUGCCCACAGCAGUGAGGCCAGCCGUGGGGUUAUGUGGCACAUACGUGGCCGUUGGAUCUUCCAAUGGAGACAAAAGUCUCAGUGGCAUUACACAGGUGCUGAUGAAUGUUUUGUCUUCACGUAAAAACAUGAGUGACAGUUUAUCAUAUGGGAGACUCCACCCACAGCUGCAGCCCAACAUCCUCCUGGUGGACGCUGAGUUUCUGAUUGAAGACGUGGAGGUGCUGCAGGCCAAAGGUCACAAAGUUGAGACAAGAGAUGUGCUCUCAUUGGUGGAGGGCACCCGCAGAACCAAUGACCUCAUCAUUGGGGUAAAGGACCCCCGUAGCCCUGAUGCCUCUGCCCUCACUAUGUCCAACAUCCCCUAAUGUGCUCCCCAUACUAACACAUAAAGAAGGGGUAAGAGUAACACUAUAAUUCAUGUUUGUUGAAGGGAGUAAGGAAGAUGCUGAUCAAUCAAAAGCAAACAGCAGAGUAUUACUCUUUGACAGAAAAAAACAUUCAACAAAAUGACAUACAUCUUUCUCUGGGAUGAUUUUGUAGGAAACUAAUAGGGAUCCACUGAUAAAUUUGUUUGCUGACACAUUAAAAACUGCAAAGGAGCACUAUUUCAUAUACCGAUGUUGGUCUGCCCUCUCUGACAGCCUCACAUAAUGUUUAGUCCCAGCCUAGAUAGUGUUGAUAAUAUAUGUCCAUCCCCUAAAUGGCAUCAGUCAAAGUCUGCAGCCUGUAUUAUGCAGAGCAGGGUAUAGAAAUGCAAUGCGUGCUCAUAAAUUAAGACCUGAUGCAUUCCAGUUCCACUUAAAGAAAGCAAUAAACUUUAGAGGUUUAGGGUGGAUUUACUUAGUGGGUAUGAGAAAAAGGAAGUAGAUGCAAGUGUAAUGGUUUUUGAAGCUAUUGCGCUCUGAAUUUAUGAUUAGGAAUUCUGGAAUAAAUUAAUGGUGAAGAAAUGGAUUCUCCAUAAGAAUGAGCAGAUAUGGAAAACGCAAUGAUGCCACACCAGGAAGCCACCAUUUACAGCACAUGCAUGGUCCUGGGUGCAUUUAUUCCACCUUUCUGCUUUUCAGUUCUUCCACUGAAUUUCACCAUUAUUCCAGAUAACACAAGAUAAAUCACAUGGAACAGUGAAAGUAGUAGUAUUUAAACCACUGAUUAAGUCCUGCAUUAUUACAUCCUAACUAGAUGAACCUAAACUGAACACUGAGGCUAAACCGUCCACUCUUUUGCUCUCUAUAUGGUGUGUGACUGUGAUUAGAUGUUGUUUGGUACACCUGCUGGAGUUUUAACUCGAACAAAAAGUGGCUCCUUGGGACCAUGUUAAGACUAACAUGUUAUUUACACAAUAUGUCAUACAAAAAUGUGGUAAGACCUUCACAUCUCAGUUGAUUUCCUCCAACAAGAGGAUUUGCUUCAGUUUGACAGGUGUUAAAUAUCACUAAUCAUAGAAUAAAUGUAUUUAAAUAUAUAGUUUAAGAAAUUUGAGUUGUUGCAUGAUUUUGUUCUUAUUCAAAGCUUGUGGCAUAGAGCUUUUUUAAGAGUGGGGAUACUUGUUUUUAGAAUGGGAAUAAUCUGAUUCUUUAGAGAUGGAUUGAAUGUAGUCUGUCUAUUUUUAUAUUAAUAUUUGUUGGGCUGUAUAUAUUAUUUCUACUGGUGUAACACAAUGCAUUGGACCAGCAGAUUCUAGAAAAGGCUGUCAUCUUUACUUUUUACUUUUUCUUCUUUUGUGUACUGGUGUAAUUAUUUUAGGUAAUAUAUUUGAAGUAAGAACCAACUGCUUUUGUAAAGCACUUCAUUUAUAAAAAUGGUUUGAAUUAACUCCAGAAUGACCAAUGCUGACUGAUCAAACACUUCCUCGACCUCAUUGUCUCUGUUGUUGGAUACCAGUGCAAUAUGACUGUUGAUACUUGUUUCCUGUACUGUAGAGUACCAUGCCUUAAGGCACCCAUUUGCACAACACCUCAUGUUUGAUUCCAUUUACAUUUGUAUCUGAUUUUAAUAAAAAUCCGCACUGUCCAAACCCAAGAAAUAAAACGUUUGCACACAUCCUAA